UCGAAUCGUUCCAAAAUGGCAACCAGCAUUCCAGAGAAGUGCCGCGCCGUCGUGAUUGAAGGUCCCAACGCGCCGUGGGCCAUCAAGGAGGUGCCCGUCCCGCAGCCCGCACCCAAUGAGGUCUUGGUCAAGGUGCUGGCGUGCGGUGUGUGCCACUCGGACGUUGUCCUGCAAAAGGGACUAUUUGGACCACUGGCAUCAUUUCCUCGCAUUCCAGGCCACGAAGUCAUUGGCAAGGUCGUCAAGGUGGGUGACCGCGUCGAGGGCUUCGAGAUUGGCGACAAGGUCGGCGGACCCUGGCACGGAGGCCACGAUGGCAGGUGCAAGGCGUGCAAUAGGGGUCUGUUCCAGAUGUGCGAAAAUGGGCUCGUAAACGGGGUUUCGAGGAACGGCGGAUACGCAGAGUACUGCACGCUCCGCGCUGAAGCGACUGUCCGCAUCCCACCCGAGGCUGAUGCAGCCGAAUACGCGCCCCUGCUCUGUGCCGGCGUGACCGUCUUCAACAGCAUGCGCAACAUGAAGAUUACUCCGGGCGACGUGUGUGCGGUGCAAGGCCUCGGCGGUCUGGGCCAUCUGGCUUUGCAGUACGCGCGGAAGAUGGGAUUCAAAACGGUAGCGCUGUCAAGCAGCGACGCGAAGAGGGAGUUUGCUUUCCAGCUGGGUGCGAACGAGUACAUUGAUACGAGCAAGGAGGAUGCGGCCGAGGCGCUGCAGAAGAUGGGCGGGGCAUCUCUGGUGGUGGUUACGGCGCCGAAUCCGAAGCUGAUGAGCCCGUUGGUAAAGGCAUGCGGUCCACUUGGAAAGUUGUUGCUUUUGGCUCCUGUCGGCGAGGUGCCAGUGGACACAGUCGCGAUGACUGGCAAGGGCAUCUCUGUGCACGGGUGGCCGUCUGGACAUGCUUUGGAUUCGGAGGAGGCCAUCAGCUUUGCGCAGAACCAGGGCGUCAAGUGCAUGGUGGAGAAGUUCCCGCUGGACAAGGUCGAGGAGGCGGUGCAGCGCAUGAACGACAAUAAGGUGCGGUUCAGGAGCGUGUUGGUGAUGGAAUAGAGGGUGUCAGGGUUAGGAUUCCAGCUGGAGGUUUGGUGGUAGGUCGCUGCACGUGAUAGAGUCUCGAUUCCUUCGAUGGUGUGAGAGGAAAGCAGCGAGACCAGCGUGUUUAUUGCCAAAUAGAAGAAAGAGCCCACCUAUACGCAGCGAAACCUUUACGUUGGUUCAUUCGCGUUGUUGUUAUUAGGAUUGAGGAUGAAGUGAAGUGUCAAGGAAGCAUGGGCAGAUCCUCUCUUUAUACGGACCUCGGGAGGAGAUUAUGGUGAAUAGUGGCCAUCAGGGUGCCCACGAGUCAGCAAUCUAUCUCGUCAUCAUAGCCCAGCACGACUCCGUACUCACUCCUCCC